GGCUGGAGGGGAGGAAAGACGCUAAUGGGGAGAGCAAAUCAUUGCAAAGCCCGCAAACAACAGCAACUGCUGACUAAGCACAGAACUGCACAGAUCCGGAUGUCUGGCUUCAAACUCAAUUUACACCGUCCACGCCAGUCUACCCGCCGGCAACGUCGCGCUCGCCACUCCCCUCCUCGCUUUCCAAGGCAGCUUAUUCCCUCUCUACAAAAUGCCGGGCGUACGAGACAUCAGCGCGGAGGCCUUUAUUGCAGCAUAUGCAUCCCACCUCAAGCGAUCAGGCAAGCUCGAGGUGCCCACCUGGGUCGACAUCGUGAAAACCGGCUCAUUCAAAGAGCUCGCACCAUAUGACCCCGACUGGUACUACAUCCGCGCAGCUGCGGUCGCGCGACACAUCUACCUCCGCAAAGACGUCGGCAUCGGCGCGCUCACAAAGCUGCACGGAGGCCGCAACCGGCGGGGCAACCGUCCCUCGCACCACGCCAACUGCUCCGCGUCCGUGCAGCGCAAGGUCUGCCAAUCGCUCGAGAAAAUCGGCGUGCUCGAGAAGUCCGACAACGGUGGCCGCCGGAUAAGCCAGGACGGCCAGCGGGAUCUCGACCGGAUCGCGACGGCGGUAGUUGAGGCGGCACGGGAGGAGGAGGAGGAAGAGGGAGAAGGAGAGCAGGAGCAGGAGGAAGAAGAGGAGUAGACGUGUCGCUCGCUAGCAUCGCAUUCCUGCGCGAGGUUGGGCGGUCCCCUCUUGUUCUGGCGACUGGCGUGUGUCUCUCUCAUCAUGUUCUCUGUUCUCUUACUGGUAUGACAUUUGUGCAUGACCAAAAUGCAGCCUGCGCAUUUGACAGCCAUAUAUUGCUGCUGUUUGUCGCUGCGCUCUUCCCAUUUUUCACACAAGUCGCGAGGUCGCGGGCACUCUCUUUGUCAAAGGUCAAGUACCAUCGCUGGCUCCCACUAUCGAUGCAGAGCUCGCUCCUCAUACAAGUUCAC